AAGAGUGCUUUAAACAAGGUGAGUUGGCUGCAAAUCAGCAUGAAAAGUAUUGAUCUUGUUGAAGCGACCGAAUGAGUGGUCGCUUCACUCAUUGCCUUAUACUAAUUUGGUUUUUCCAUUCUGAUAGAUCGAUCAGCGGUAUGGUCCUUAACUGGAUUGAAGGGCGUCUACUUUGCAAUUGCGAAGCCAUAAAGCUUCUGUACGAUGAAAUUCCGGGUGGCCCCAGCGGGAUUUCUGCCACUCCCGUCGCUCGUGCGCCGUCGCCAACGGACGAAGCUGGAACAACAGAGUGGAUGGAACAUCAUUGGCAGCGAGCGCUCGAUCUAGCCACUGAAUUGGAGAUAUUAGAUCUUCAGUCAGGAGUCGGAUCGAGCGUUCAGAGUAAUAGUGGCCGUUCCAAUGCUUCCAGUCCCAGGGGCAGUGUCAGUAGUGAUACCGAUUUUCCCGUCACUAUACAGUCCCAUGUGCUGGGAGAUUACUGGCACUUUGGUUUGGAAAAUGCAUUGAAAAGGAUGGAGGCGGCACUGGUUGGGGUGACGCACAUCGAGCUGCGCUGCCAUUUUGAUGGCGUUCCGGUUGAAAAUAGACAUGGCACAUGGUACAUGGCAUGGCCUUUUUCGUUUGAAGUGGUCGGCCUCGAGGAAGUUGGGAUGCAAACGGUGUCCCUUUUUGGCACGCUAGGCGAUCAAAAGCCUCCGGUUAGUUUUAUUGAAGAGUUUGCCAUCGAUGCGAACGAGAUCGAAGGAACGGGUGUGAUGUUGCACGGGAUUCGUGUGCAGGGACAAUACAUGCUAAAGGGCACUAUGCAUGUCCUAGAUGCCAGUGCCGUGGCGCCCACGACGAAAAUUACAACUGCAUACAAUAUCCUGGAACUAUUCAGGAUCUACACCGCAACGAUGCCGACUUUCGUGCGGGAGUGUAUUAUACUCCCGAUGGAUACACGCACCCAACGACCCCUGAUCCGCCUUUAA